AUGGAACUCCUGACUUUCAACGUCGAUGAUGGCUACGCAGAAGCUUUAAUCCGUGGCAUGAGAAUGUCCUUCAUCAGAAAAGAAGAAUAUGACGCUCUUAAGGACUGUGCUUCAUUGGGAGAUGCAAAAAUGCUUUUGGAAGAGACUGAUUAUCUGCCUUUCCUUCAGAAUGAGCCAAGCCCAUGCCAACCAAACGUAAUUAGAGCUCGCAUGAAAGAAAAGCUUGCAAAAGAGUUUGAACACAUGAAAUCCAAUGCAGCUCCGCAACUAUUCAAUUUCUUACUAAACCGAAUUCUCAUUGAUUUAAGUCAAAAUAAGGGAUAAAUAGCUGCAUUUAAAAACAAUAAAUUUUAUUUUUUUUAUUUAAUUAAAGAGAGAAUUAGAAAAAGUGUCUCACAAAUACAUGAUAGAUAAUGUGGUCAAUAUGAUUGAAAUUAUAAAAAAUAAAGACAUAAACAGAAAGAGACAAGCACAGCCAGAUCCUUUAGGGUACUUUAGAGGCAUUGAAGGCAUUUUGAGGUUUGAAAGUGAUGAUAUUGCUGAACUUUACCAAAUUGUACUGAUUGACACACCAGUCGGCGAUUAUUUCCAAAGACUGCUUGAAGACAUCAUUAAAGCUGGAGCAAUGCAAAACAGAAGCAUAGAAGAUGUCCAUAGGCAGCUAGCUGAAAUCACACCUGAAGUAUUAAGAAUUUCUCUGAAGAAAAUGUGGCUCGAAGACUUAUUCGACCUUGCCAAACAGCUUAACGGGAUCUCUAAAGAAAUUUUAGAAGAUUUAAUAAAAUUUGAAGCGGACUGCAUGACAAUCCAAAUUAUUUACAACUCAAUCAGCAACGAAGAGCUAAACAAACCAGCAGCCAGAGAAACUGACAGAAAAGCAUUAUGUCCUAAUGUAGGAUACCUCUACCCAGAAUACGAAGCCCAAUUAUCAAGAGCCUUCGAUAUCACAACACUAAGAGCCGCUGUAGAAAGUUUCCCUCUUUAUAUUGAAAUGCUGAGAAAUGUUGCAGACCCAGCCAACGAAGAAGAAAUGAACGACCCUUCAAGAAAAACCUUAGACGAUAUUAUGUAUGAAAUCGGGAUUAAAAAAUACAGCUUGGCUUUUGACCAGCAAUUCCAUUACGGAUGCUUUUAUGCUUAUCUGAAGUUGAAAGAACAAGAAAUUAGGAACACUGUCUGGCUUUGUGAAAUGGUCAGCAUGCAGCUCAACAGGCAAGAUAAAGCUUGGACAAAAUACGAAAAGCUGAUACCAUUCUCCUGUUUAAGAGAGCCAUAA